AUGAAGUUCUCUACUGCUAUCAUCGGCAGUGCCCUCGCCACUGCAGCUUUCGCAGCUCCUCUGACUGCUAAGCGCCAGGCUCGCUCUGAGGCCCGCCUUGCACGUCGUACUGCUCAGCGCCAUAGCAACCCGCCCAUCAAGGCCGGCACUACCAACGAGGUCCUGCACUUCAACAAGACCUCCCACGAGGAGUACAGCUCCAACUGGGCCGGUGCCGUUCUCAUCGGUACCGGUUAUGAUUACGUGACCGGAGAAUUCACCGUUCCCACUCCCUCUGUCCCCAGUAGCAGUGGUAGCGGUGGUGGUGGUGGUAGCUGGGGCUGGUUCGGCGACAAAGAGGGCGCUAAGUCUCGCAGACAGUUCAGCGAUGAGGAAUACUGCGCUUCUGCCUGGGUUGGCAUCGACGGGGAUACCUGCGAGACCGCCAUCUUGCAGGUCGGUGUCGACUUCUGUGUUCAGGGCAGCGAAGUGUCCUACGACGCCUGGUAUGAGUGGUACCCCGACUACUCCUACGACUUUGACAACAUCGACAUCUCCGCUGGUGACAAGAUCAAAGUUACCGUUGAUGCCACCUCAGCUACUGGCGGUACUGCUACCGUCGACAAUAUCACCACUGGAAAGACCGUGACCCACACAUUCUCCAAUGUAGAUGACGGUAGUCUGUGUGAAUAUAACGCGGAGUGGAUUGUUGAGGACUUCGAGAGCGAUGGCGAGCUCGUUCCUUUCGCUGACUUCGGCACUGUUACCUUCAGCAGUGCCGAGGCCAAGUCUGGCAGCACCAGCUAUGGACCUUCCAGUGCCACCCUCAUGGACAUCGAGCAGGAUAACGAGGUUCUGACCUCCAGCUCUGUUUCCAGGGACAGCGUUACUGUCACCUACGAAUAG